UUAUGAGACACAUCCUCAAAGUAUGAUUGAUCUUAGGAUCCUUUCACCUUGGGAUGAGUUGAUUGAUUAUUCCAAUUCAAUUGAUUUACACAACUUGGAUAUAGAGAAACAUUCUCAAAUCCCCUAUUUAAUCAUUCAAUUGAAGGCAUUACAAGAUUGGAGUUCAAAGCAUAACGGGGAAAUACCAAACACUUCAGUAGAGAAGAAGGAAUUCAAAGACUUGUUGAGAACCUGGAAAAAAGAUUACAAUGAAUUGAACUUUGAUGAAGCUAUAGAUAACAGUCACAAAAUAUUCAAUAAAACAAAAUACCAAUCAAAUGUUCAAGAAAUCUUUGACAAGACUGAUGAAUACUUCAAUGAUGACCACAAGAGAUCCCAUUUCUGGAUCUUAGUUAAGGCAUUGAAAGAAUUUUCUAUACAAAAUGAUGGGUUCUUACCACUUUCAGGUGAAUUACCAGAUAUGGAUUCAACAACUGAAAAUUACAUCACAUUACAAAACAUUUACAAGGCAAAAGCUCAAAAAGAUUUAGAAUCAUUUACAAAAAUCCUACUCAAAGUACAAGAGUCACUUCCAUUACCUGUUACAAUUCCUAAAGAAACCAUUUCCAGUUUUGUUAAACAUUCUAAAUUCCUGUUCUUUGCCCAAAAUUCCAAAAAUUUAAUCACAAAUAAUUUUAAUCAAAUUGUUGGUGAAGAAACCACAAGUUCACAAAUCCUAUUAUCAUUCUUGGUGUAUGAAAAAUACUACUUAACAAAAGGUAAAUAUCCAAAAUUACAAGACCUAGAUGAAUUAAUCAACCUUACUCAUGAUUUCAUAGCCACAGAUAAUGACAAAUUACACAAUAUAUUGCAUGAAUUAG